AUGACAAUUGAUAAGUUCAACAUAAAUUCCAUUGCAGUUAUUGGUGGUGGUCCAAGUGGUAUUGCAAGUGUUUACGAAUUUCUUCAUACAACCAAAGAUGGUAAGUCAACAGUAGGUGGUUCAAACGCUGAAAACCCAGCAUUUACCAAGGUUGUUGGCUUUGAACAAAAGAAUAAAGUUGGUGGUAGUUGGGCUCCAUCUAUUGAAGUUCCUGAUUUACCUGAAGAUGAAUUAUGGGGUCGAAAUUAUUAUGAUGCGGAUGUUAUUCAUCCAAAAGUUGAAAUUCCUAAGGGGCUCUCUAAUCAUAGUGUUGAAUCCCCAUUGGUGACUGAUGGUGUCAACAAUGAUAAUCAAUGGAGACGGUCUGCAGUUUAUCCAGGCUUAUACACCAAUGUCCCUAGAAGAUUUUUGAGAUUUUCAUCAAUCAAGUAUACACCCCCAUCCAAACUAGCUGAAAUUGAUCCAUUAAUUAGUUAUAAAGAGGUUGGCCAAGUUUUGGAUAAAUUUGUUGAUGAUAAUAAACUUUUGGAUCAUUUUAGAUUGAAUACUCAAGUCCAAGAUGUUCAAAAAGAUGAAGAAGGUAAAUGGUUAUUGACCCUAAGACAUAGUACACCUGAAGGUAAAGAUGAAUGGUAUACAGAGAAAUUUGAUGCUGUUGUCAUUGCAAGUGGUCAUUAUUCAGUUCCAUUCAUUCCAUAUAUUGAAGGCUUGAACUCUGCACCAAAGGGAACCAUAGUGCAUUCUAAAUCAUUUAGAACAGUUGAUCAAUUCAAAGAUAAGAAUGUUUUGGUUGUUGGUUCUUCAUUGAGUGGUAUUGAUAUCAUCCAGUAUAUUGAACCAGUUGUUAAAAGCUUAACCAUAUCUCGUACUCCAGGCAAACAAGAAAUUUUUCCAUGGAUAACAAAAGCUGCAACCUCGUUUUCAAAUAAACCAAGAAUUUCCAAAAUUGAUGGUAAAACUGUUUUCUUUGAAGAUGGUUCAAAAUUAGAAGAUGUUGACAAGAUCUUAUUUGCAACUGGGUACCACUGGCAUUAUCCAUACAUUGGUGAGAAAUUUCUGGAAUUAACAAAACCAGGAUAUGCUAAUAAAGCAACUGGGGGUUCAAGAGUUAAAGGUUUAUACCGUGAUACUUUCAACAUUGAAGAUCCUACUUUGGCAUUUAUUGGUGUCCAAAUUACUUCUGUUCAAUUUCAUUCUUUUGAAGCAGGUGCAGUGGGUAUUGCUGGAGUUUGGUCAAAUAGUAAAAGAUUACCUUCAAAAGAUGCUCAAAAGGAAUGGGAAACAAAGAGAUUGGUGGAGACUUCAGAUGAUUAUAUUUUUCAUUAUUACCCAUGGGAUAUUGUUCAAAAAGAGUUUAUUGAUGUUUUGCUGGAAUAUGCCCCAGAUGAUAGACCUUAUAUAUUGGAAGGUGAAGAUUUUGGUGAUUAUCCAAAGGCUUUAGAAGCAGCUGAAAGAGCAUUCUAUGACAUCAAAGCUGGUAAAUAUUCUCUUGAUUAG